UAGCUCAUUUCCUGUGCUUCUGCUGCUGCUUAUGUUUGACUCUCUCUGUUAAGACUGUUGUUCUCACAGAUAUGGAUUUUUUGAUGACAGAGUCAACUUAUAAACUUCUUAUCUUUUUAUGCAUGAUACGAGGAACAUACGGAGUUCUCAUAAAUUAUAAUGCGAUCGCAACUGCUGUGGAGGGACAGAACGUCAGCCUGCAGUGCAUUGUGGGAGAGGAGCAUGGCAUCACAAUUAUCCAGGUGGAAUGGAUUAAACAGCAAAAAGGAAAUGAGAAGAACGAUCAGAAGAUUGUUGUGUUCCAUCCUGGGUUCCCAACACAUUUUUUUAAAUCUGGUCCUCUUCUGGAGACAGUUACUAGUUCAAAAACUGGGAAGCUGCAAGGCUCAAUCCUGACCCUGUAUAAAGUUACAGUGAAUGACAGUGGAAACUAUAUUUGUGAAAUUACUUCCUAUCCUAUUGGCUCGAUUAACAGAACCACAACGCUGCAAUUCGCAGAGCCUCCAGCAUCAGUGAAGAUGCCAUAUCCAUAUGGAUUCAUAAAAGAGGGGGAUGAUAUGAAAAUAACUUGUUCAGCGAUCCCUCCACCACUCCGUUAUAAACUGAGACGUUCAAAGAACAAGAUAUUUUGGCUGGAAAGCUCAAACGGAGAGUUCAUUUUACCACAUGUCACCAGAAACGACAGCGAUGUGUACAUCUGUUUACCUGAAUGGGACUCGUUAGUCCCAAAUCUGCAAGGUCUCAAUGCCACCGUCGAACUGACUGUGAAUUUUCUUGAUGGCAUUGAGUGUAACACAAGCAGCCCUUUAAACGUCAGCGCUGGUGAGGAUGUGGCGAUUUCUUGUAUCGUAAAAGCUUCACAGUACUUGCAGUAUAAGUGGAUGAGGCUUUUAAGGUCUAGAAUGACAACUAAUUUUCCAGUAAGGACCACCAAACAUCUGAGCAGCUUUACCUCCAAUGGGACCAGCUCAUGGAGCACUGAUACCACUGUGUCUACAUCAGAAUCUGGUCACUUCCUAGCCAGCACAGUGAAACCAAAUGCCACUCUGACAACCUUACAACCCAAACACACCAGCCAUCCCACUCCUCUCACUGGCAGCUCUUCUGCUCCACCUGUUGGCAAUGCAUCUACAUUACAUGCAAGCACUGUAAAAUCUAUAGACAGUUUGAGCACAACUCCAGAUCCAGCUACAAGAAGAAGAGAAAGAGUCACCACUGUUAUAACACAGAAAAACAUCACCGCUGUUACAGCACCAAAAGAGCCUCCAGCAUCAGUGAAGAUGCCAUAUCCAUAUGGAUUCAUAAAAGAGGGGGAUGAUAUGAAAAUAACUUGUUCAGCGAUCCCUCCACCACUCUGUUAUAAACUGAGACGUUCAAAGAACAAGAUAUUUUGGCUGGAAAGCUCAAACGGAGAGUUCAUUUUACCACAUGUCAACAGAAACGACAGCGAUGUGUACAUCUGUUUACCUGAAUGGGACUCGUUAGUCCCAAAUCUGCAAGGUCUCAAUGCCACCGUCGAACUGACUGUGAAUUGUGAGUGUUUGUACUGAGAAUAUAAAUCAAUUGCACCUAAAAAGGUUUUUGAAUGAUUUUUUAUCAUUGUCUGUCGAAUAAAAGCUCUUACAA